CACUCAGCUUCCAAUUCCUGCAUUUGUCUCGGGAACUGUAAACGUCGUCGUACAAUUGCAAUACCUACGCUUCUUCCCACUCUGGUUCUGGAUUUAGCUACGGGAGUGGAGAAAGAACCAUGAACAUGAACAUCUUCAGGAAGAAAACCUCGCCCAAAGAUGCUCUUCGCACCAGCAAGCGAGAAAUGGCUGUUGCAACUAGAGGCAUUGAGCGAGAAAUUUCAUCUCUUCAGUUGGAGGAAAAAAAAUUGGUGGCAGAGAUAAAGCAGACUGCCAAAACUGGAAAUGAGGCUGCAACUAGAAUCCUAGCUCGACAGCUUGUUCGUCUACGCCAACAGAUAACUAAUUUGCAAGGGAGUCGUGCCCAAAUUCGAGGUGUAGCUACUCAUACACAGGCUCUAUACGCUAGCACUUCAAUGUCUACUGGAAUGAAGGGUGCAACAAAAGCAAUGGUUGCAAUGAACAAGCAAAUGGCACCAGCAAAGCAGGCAAAAGUGAUUCAAGAGUUCCAGAAACAGUCGGCACAGUUGGACAUGACGGUUGAAAUGAUGUCAGAGUCUAUAGACGAAACUUUAGAUAAGGAUGAGGCAGAAGAGGAAACUGAGGAGCUUACGAAUCAGGUGCUUGAUGAGAUUGGUGUUGAUAUUGCAUCCCAGCUAUCUUCUGCGCCCAAAGGCCGGAUUGCAGCAAGAAAGACUGAAAAUCCUGUUACAAGCUGUGAAUCUCCUGACGUUGAGGAGCUCGAAAAGAGGUUGGCCUCUCUUCGACGAAACUGAACCGAGAUCGAAAUCCACAAAGCUGUGAGAAUUACAAAGACAUGAGUUUUAUUACAUGUAAAGUCUAUAAUAAUGUUGUUGGAAGCACAUUUGUGUGGAUCUUGGAAGCAUGCUUAUACUAAAUCCAUGCAACCACAGCCUAGGUAUGGAGAGGAAAAAAAGAAAAAAACUAACCCAGUUGUUGUGUCGAGUCAGAUUUGGUUGACUUUUUCCUUCAUUUUUUUAUUAUUAUGACAAAUGUGGGGUUGAGAUCU